AUGGCGUCUCAUUUAGAUAAAGCACUUGACGAAGUGAUCAAAGAGAACAGAGAAGAUAGAAGAAGAACGACUCGACCGAAUCAACGUCCGAUCUCAACGCCAUCUGGUGGUAUUCGUAAACGCUCAGGAGGUCCUAUUCGCACCAACCGAAUGUUUCGAUCAGCGAUUCGUACAGUCGAAGAUAGAGGAAACCGUUCAUCUGUCACCACUCGUCGUGACGUAAACCAGCAGUGGGCACAUGAUUUGUUCGAGGAUAACCAAGAUCGCUCCAUUACCGCCAGACUGGGCGGCCAUCGUGGUGCUGGCGAUAGAAAUCGUGGUGCUGGUGCUGAAAUAACCAUUGAAAACCUUCAUUACAACGUGACAGAAGAUGAUCUCAAAGAUCUGUUUGCUAUGGUUGGCCCUGUGGAAAAGACCCGCAUUAUUUUUGACCGUUCCGGACGUUCCACCGGUGUGGCUCGUAUUUCCUUCACCAGUCAACGUGAUGCUGAAAGAGCUAUCAAGAAGUACGAUACUGUAGAACUUGAUGGUCAAGCCAUGAAAAUUCAAAUGAGUCCGGAGCGGGAGCGAGAGCGAGAGCGAAGACCAUUCCGUUCAGGUGAUAGACAACCAAUGAGAGGCUCUACAGGUCGCCGCGAUAGACGUCCAGAAGGAGGACGUGGCCGAGGUAGACUGGGAACUCGAGGUCCUGCCAGGAGCGCCAAGAGUGCAACUGAUUUAGAUAAUGAAAUGGAUGCUUACAUGAAGAGUAAUAACACAGUGAAUGAAGAUGUCGAAAUGGCUCUUGAUUGA